CUCUCACAUUCACACAUUUUAAUGCUGGAGUAACUCAUGCAUUAAUUUUAAACAAAACUGCCUUAAUUAUUAGUCACCCCACCUGCUCAACAGAGCGCAUCUCCCUAAAACCGGCGAAUCUAUUCAAUGUAAGUAUUAUUGUUUGUUCACAUACUCGCAACACUUGUAGUGACCACAUAAAAAUUUCUUCCGUGAAAUAAGUAUAUUCAUAACAUAAUAUUGAAAUAACUCAAUUUUCUUCUAAUGUUACAAUCAUCAGAAUUUGUGUCGUGCAAUUUUGGAAUAUGAAGUGCAGAAACAUGAGAAGCGCCAAAGUUUUAUUCGGGUGUUUCAAUACAAUUUUUUUCGCAUGCGGUUUCUUCGAAGUGGUAUGCGGAUACCUGCUGCUAAGCGACAAGCAACGGGUGCUUCUAUCGCGGCUGCUAGCUUCCCCUGAGUCGGGGCUGGAGCAGCCGCCGUUCUACUUCCUAGCGCUAGCUCUGCUGGCCUCGGGGCUGAUCGUGUGCGCCACCGCCGCGCUCGGCUGCUGGGCCACAUAUUUACCUGGAUACGUUAUUUUGACUUUGUAUUUUCUGGUGGUGCUAUCUCUUCUCCUGGCUGAAUGCGCAGGCGGCGUGUUGGCAGCGAUCUGGCCGCGCUGUCUUGGGCUGCAGAACGCUCAAGGCGGCGCCGUCGGAGCCCUGCAGGCCUACUACGCUCUGCCCGACUACGAACACUUUACCGCUGCUGUUGAUCUUGCGCAGACUCAACUGGAAUGCUGCGGCAUGACGAGCGCGCGCAACUACGACAUGUCGGCGUGGCAGCUGCGGCAGCUGGGCCCGCGCGCGCUGGCCGUGCCGCUCACUUGCUGCGUGCCCGCGACCUCGUCCGCGGCCGCGCCCUCCUACCUCAACCCCAGGCCGCUCGACACCGCGCGCUGCCAGGAGGUCACGCCUAACCCUGACUUCCGAUAUGUGCCGGGUUGCCUCGACAAACUCGACGACUGGUAUCAACAACAGUAUCUCGUCUUCAUACUGGGGUUGUUCGUAACGGCAGUAUUCAAACUCGGAAUCCUUUUAAGCACCAUAUUAUCUUGCAUCCGACUCAGAAAACGGAGGCAAGAAAUCCGAUCAUUCGUGAUGAAAUCCAUUGCCAACAAAACAAAUGAGAAUAUCUACGAAAGCAAAUUCGGUACGCAUGAUGAACCAAUCACCGCGAAGUACAUACAACCGAAUAAUUUCUACAGUCCGAGAGUACGGAACCCCCGAAUUUUCGACAGUAAGCCCAACGAAAUGGUAUGAGAAUUAGCAUCGGAGAUAAAUGCUUUAGAGAGGAAAUUAGAGAAGUUUUCAGAUUAUUUAUAUAAACAUCAAGCUGAUUCUAUUAUGUGGUGAAUAAAUUCAAUGUAAUUUAUGCCCGCCGACUUUCAGACUUAGUUUUUUUAUGUCUUUCAGCCUAAAUAGCUACAGUACAGUUUAAAAUCGUUUAUCAUCACUAGUUAAACUAUGUGCCAUAAGUUCACUUCACUUAUCAUAAUCGCGAUAAUUAGUU